GUGUCACUGACUCAGUACGAGUCCGCACGGUCGUAUAGUCGCUGGUAACUCGCAGAAAUAACAAACUAAUAAAGAAACGAGGUCUGUUAUCGAAACGAACGAAUAUAAUACGAUAAAGCAACUGUAAUAACAUUUAGAAAAAUUAAAUGUUUUUUUUUAUUGUAUCGUGAGUUUAAGUUUAGUGUCAAUUUGUUUUGUGCUCAGUGAUUCUGUGUUCAGUUUGAAGUGUUGCGCCGGAGUCCCGUUGGCCGUGUUACCGAUUUUUCGAUUUGGAUGUUCUCUCUGCUGUUCUGAAAUAUGCAAUCACGUUGAAUGAUCAUGUGUAAACUGGAGAAAGAAUACAACAUCACACUGGAAUGACACAGGUACAAUAGAGGCAAAAAAUGUCACAGUCGGCGCUGGGUCUCGGUGGGGAGCGGAGGUACUCCGUGCCAUCCAACCCGCUGAUGCACGACCAUCGAGGGAUGCACUCAGAAGAUCUGCACGCGUGGUCGAUAUACAGGCAAAACCUGAAUUCGGACUUCACUGACAGUGCGUUGGGCAGCACGGACAAGAGCCCCCUGCCAUAUGGGAACUUCCAGCUCAGGGAUACCACCGUGCAGUCCAUACUGUCACACCCUCGAUAUGGACCCAAAUCGGCACUCGGCUCCAAUAUGUAUACGUACCUGAAGUUCGGGCUUCCUCGGGUAUUUCCGCCGAACCACAACGGGUCGCAGCGCUCAGGGACCCCUAAACCGAAGACUUCUAUCGGGAGUGGCAUGAAACCUGUGCCUAGGAUCCAAAGACAGAGUAGAGGAAUGCGCGAGACAUCGUCAGGUUACGACAGUUCGGACAACGAGACGACCACAAACUACAAAUACAGUCGCAAGUACCGGUCGGACCCCGACUUUAGGAUGCAGAACGUGCACCCAUCUUUACAGCCGAACACAGGAGUUCCAGUAGUAGCUAUGCAGCAGGCUGGCAUCCGUGGAGACGGUCAAUGGACGAACUCCAGACAUAAAUCAGUCAGUGAAGCCAAUCUCCUAGGCAUUGAUGCCCGACCCCAACAUCGGUCCCACUAUAGCAAUAGAAGAAACAGUGUAGCCGAUUAUGUUCCUGAUGGAGACCACCAAAGCUACCUGAUGUCACCUUCCCACUUGGGCGGUCGGAUGUCGAAGGCAGGCAGUCAUAUGUCUAUAGCUCAGUCCAGAAAACACUCCACACUGAGACCAGGGGACCAUCUAGACGGUUACACGCACUCGGCGUAUAUUUACCCUAAUUAUUACGUAAACAGUUUAGAAAUCACAGCACCGGAGAACAAGUCAACUCUACUGGUGUCUGGUCUGAGUUUCGAAGUGAAGUCUGGAGAAAUAUUAGCGGUUCUAGCAACAUCUCACCAUGAGGCCACUGGACUACUUGAUGUGCUAGCUGGUGUGCGAAAGAAACUAACAGGCGACAUAGUCCUCAAUGGUCAACCAGUUGCUUCCUCAACUCUUCGAAAGGUCGCGGCAUACGUUCGUAAAGACACGUCUCUUUGUGCCUCCAUGACAGUUGAACAUACUCUGAAGUUCCACGCAGCUUUGAGAAGACCAAGGAAUAAUGGGCAGGUUAAGAUGGAUGAUAGAGAUCGGAUUAAUCUACUAAUAGAAGAACUAGGGCUAGAGCAAGUUCGAGAUACGAACGUAGGUCGCCUGACUCGAUCAGAAAUCCGUCGCCUCAACGUCGCGUGCCAGCUGCUCCUAGACAUGGCCAUAUUAAUUUUAGACCAGCCGACCAAGGAGAUGGACAUAUUUGACACUUUCUUCCUGGUAGAAUACUUGAGGAACUGGGCCAGUACUGGUAGAGUUGUCAUCAUGUCACUGCAUCCUCCGACUUAUGAGAUCUUUGCUAUGCUCACUAAAGUGGUGUUAAUAUCAGCCGGUAGAACGAUGUUCAGCGGGUACAGAAGGGAUAUGUUGCCAUAUUUUGCUUCCAUCGAUUAUCCCUGCCCAGCUUUCAAGAAUCCUUCAGAUUAUUACUUGGAUCUGGUGACGCUGGACGACUUGUCAGCCGCGGCCAUGUUGGAAUCAUCGGGUCGUAUCUCUGCACUGGCCAAUGUAUUCGCUGGUGCACAAGCGCCGCCAGACCCGCCGCCGCCUGUGCCUCUACCUGCACCAUUAGUUCGGCCUAAUGUGCUUGUACAGGCUGGAGCACUUAUAGAAAAAAGUUUACUGUUCACUCAAGCUACAACGUUAUCGAAUGUGAUAACUCGGAUACUAUUGGCAGCCAUUAUGUCUUUGAUCACCGGUGCUGUGUUCUGGGAUCUCCCGGCUACAGAUUCUAAGCUUACACAGAACGACCGAGUAGGCUUCCAUUACACAGUAAUGUGCAUGACCGUGUGGCCGAUCCUGUUGUGGCUGAGUGCGAGAGAAGCCAGCUCAAUGCGACACCAUGUAGAGAGAGACAUCGCUGUCGGACUGUACUCCAGAACUGUGUUCAUACUUUUUGAUCAAUUCCUGGAGUUAUGGUCGGCGGGUGUGACGUGGCUAGCGUAUUUGGUGCCAAGCUACGCCAUGAGUGGGCUGUACGCACAAUCUCCCGCCUCCUUCGACGGAUUUUAUUUAUACUUAGGUUACAUGCUGCUUUAUCUGAUAAGCAUACAAAUGUUGUGUCGAGCGACAAUAUUCCUUGUGCCAAUGGAGAAGACUGCCGCAGUCAUAUCAGGGUUCUGCCUCUUGCUCAGCACCCUUGUCAACGGCGUGAUGAUACAUAGUAGAGACCUGCCGGAUUACGUCACGUGGCUGCAGAUCGUGUCGCCUUCUAGGUGGACCCUGCCAGAACUAUUGGGAAGGGAGCUCAAUGAAGUGGCGCUGAGGAGCAGUAUUAGUAAUAGGUGUAAUAAUAAACAGGGACCAUACAAGGACAUAAUAGUACAAUCACCGUGCCCUCCUCCGAACGGCACUCAAGUACUCUCCAACUAUGAGUAUCUCCGUUCCAACCAUCUUUGGGAAUGGACUGAUGACACCUUCCUCAUUUCCCUAGCGAUAUUCUACGGAGUAUUUGCCUUCGUAGCUCUAGUAGCUUUUGUUGCUGAUUGUACUAAAUACACUAAAAGAAAAGAUCGAGUUUCCCGAAAAGGGCAUAAAGUCAGUGUGAAUACUCCUUGAUAAACCACUAAAUCAUCGAGACUUGACAGAUUUUGGAGCAACUGUUGUUGGGAUGCGAAAAACAGAUGGCGCUGUUCAUCUUAUAAAGCGCCAUGUUUUUAUUGCAUUGUAACACUGGAUAAAGAUUCCAUCUUUAGUUAGGAAAUUGGGUAGUAUAUUCGGAUUGUAUUGUAUCGUUGCAUGGGAGGAUGAGACAAAAAUUAUAAGACUAUGGUAUAUAAAAAAAUGUAUUUUAAAAAACACAUUUGUAUAAAACUGGUGAAUACUACGUUUUCGUUUUGGGGAUGUCGUUCUAUCUAAGGGCGAUUUAUUUGGAUGGUUUGUAUUAAGGAAUAUAAAAGUCGAACAAUGUACAAAAGUAUGAAUUGUCAUAAUAAAAUUAUGUAAUUAGGUAAAUUCAACUUUAAGGGUUGAAGCAAAAGGCUGACUAUAGGUCUUCCGUCCAUAUAGAUGUAUGUAAUAUUUUAAGACAUUGAUUAUCCUUAUACAUAUGAUUAUAAUCUCUAGUACUAUUAUUUCUAGUGGGGUGAAUAGGACCUAAGGGCUAAUAUUUAGGAUUUUUAAACCGAAUGUAGGGAAAAAUGUGUCCACAUACAUAUAUCUGAAUGCAAUGUAUCAGUAUGAAUGACUAAACUUUGCACUAAAUAACUACUUGUACUAUUUCUAUUCACCCCAUUAUUUUUGUACUUAUAUUUCAAUACAGAAAUGAGGUUAUCUACCAAGUAAUCCAUUUCUACAAAGCUUUCUCUUCUCUACCUCUUAUUAGUAGAAAAGUAUAAUAAGCAGUAACUGGCAACACCUAUUUAACUAGUUAUUUUUCUAAUAUGGCAAUGUUGCUACAUGUUUGGAAGAUAAUUGCGUGCCUUGUACAUAAUCAUUAUGUUAGAUUAUUAAAUGCAUAAUAAACAAAUAAUUCAAUUCAUAUUUAGAUUAUAUUUUAAGUUAAUAUGUUUAAACAAUGGUGCAGUUUAGUAUGAUAAUAUUGCAUAGUCUGAUGCGGUAAGUAACCGCCCAAGGAUUUUCCAAUAAGGUUCAAUUUUCCGUGCACAAAUUAUAACAAAAAUGUUUAGUUAAACCAAGUUAAACCCACUGAUACAUGUUACCCCGGUUCAUUGAAAAAACGAUUUUGUGUUCAUAUGGAAAUUGAUCGAGAAAAUGUAGAUAAGAUUUUAUUUGAUUAAUAAUUAUUAUUUUAAGUGAUUAUAAACAUUUUGUUCACUAAGGUCUUUCCUUAGGCCUUUUGGUCAAAUUAGUUUUAAAGUGAAGCCAUAUCACUUAAUUUUAAAUAUUACUCUUAAGUUACCUUAGCGUCAAACUAUACAUACUACAUAUAAUAUUAAAUAAUAAUAAUAAAAGAAUAGUAAUUUAAUGA